CAAAAAGCAAAACAAAAACAAAGCAAAGAGACAAUGUUAGUUUGGUUGUGACGCUGUCAGCUGAGGCUAAAGAUCUCAUACUGCUUUGUGAUGACACACCCAGACUGCACUUAGGAAGAUUCGCGCCCCUUCCUUUAAUACUUGGAGACGAGGUAACCCACACAUCCGUGACCCCCUAACUAGGUUGGAGGAGGCCUUGCCGCAGGCGCGCGCGCACAGACCGCCACCCGCGGACACCUGGCUCCGGGCUCAGCCAGGCGGGGGGCCCCGCCUCCGAUCUACCGAAGCCCAAUCAUCUGGAGAGUCUGGGGUACGUCCCGCGCCGGCCACGCCCCCAGCCUGCGGGGCGGGGGGCGUCUUUAAGAGCCGGCCGGCGGGCCCCCGACGCAGUAGGGGGUGCGGGGCUGUGGGCAGGAGGCCUGAGUGCUGUGCUCUGGGGUGCCGGCUCGCCUCCGCCUUCCUCCUCGCGGCAGCCUCCGUGCCCUGCGCCGCCGUCCCACCGGGGGCUCCACCGCCCUCUCCUCGGCCUCACCAGCCCGCCGGCCGGGCGCUCGGCGGCUCCUCCGUGAGCCCGCCGGGAACUCGCACCCCUCGCGCUCCCCUGGCUCCUGAGGGGGCCGCCUCGGGCCAUGGUGCCCUUCCCCGAGGAGCCCGCCGCCGCCGCGCGGGGGACGAGCGAGGCGCAGCCGCCGGGCCCCGCGCCCACUGGGGCAGCUCCGCUGCCGGGCCCGGGACCCUCGGACGGCCCCGAGGCGGUCGUCGAGAAGGUGGAGGUAGAGCUGGCGGGACCGGCGGGCGCUGAGCCCCCUCAGCCUCCCGAGGGCGGCUGGGGCUGGCUGGUGAUGCUGGCGGCCAUGUGGUGCAACGGGUCGGUGUUCGGCAUCCAGAACGCCUGCGGGGUGCUCUUCGUGUCCAUGCUGAAGACCUUUGGGUCCACGGACGAUGACAAGAUGGUCUUCAAGACAGCGUGGGUAAGUUCUCUGUCCAUGGGGAUGAUUUUCUUUUGCUGCCCAAUAGCCAGUGUCUUCACAGACAUGUUUGGUUGUCAGAAGACAGCUGUCGUGGGUGCUGCUGUUGGAUUCAUUGGACUCCUGUCCAGUUCUUUUGUAAGCUCCAUCGAGCCUCUGUACCUUACCUAUGGAAUCAUAUUUGCUUGUGGCUGCUCCUUUGCAUACCAGCCUUCGCUGGUCAUUUUGGGACACUAUUUCAAGAAGCGCCUUGGACUGGUGAAUGGCAUUGUCACCGCGGGCAGCAGCAUCUUCACAAUUUUGCUGCCUUUCCUUUUAAGGGUUCUGACCGACACCGUGGGCCUCUUUCACACACUGAGGGUCCUCUGCAUCUUCAUGUUUGUUCUCUUUCUGGCUAGCUUUACGUACCGACCUCUUGCUCCAAGUGCCAAAGAUAAAGAGGGUGGAACCAAGGGAGGCAACAACAGAUUCUCCCUCUUUUCCAGGAGGAAGUUUAGUCCUCCAAAAAAAUUUUUCAAUUUUGCCCUCUUCAAGGUGACAGCUUAUGCGGUUUGGGCAGUUGGAAUACCGCUUGCACUUUUCGGAUACUUUGUGCCUUAUGUUCACUUGGUACUCUCCUUUUUCUUCAUUGGUCUGAUGUCCAUGAUGAUUCCUCUGUGUGGUGUCUUUGGGGCCCUCAUUGCUGUCUGUCUCAUCAUGGGUCUCUUCGAUGGAUGCUUCAUUUCCAUUAUGGCCCCCAUUGCCUUUGAGUUAGUUGGUGCCCAGGAUGUUUCUCAAGCAAUUGGAUUUCUACUUGGAUUCAUGUCUAUACCCAUGACUGUGGGCCCACCUAUUGCAGGGUUACUUCGUGACAAGCUGGGCUCCUACGAUGUGGCAUUCUACCUCGCUGGAAUUCCUCCCCUUAUUGGAGGUGCUGUCCUUUGUUUUAUCCCAUGGAUCCACAGUAAGAAGCAAAGAGAGAUUGGUAAAACCACUGGAGGAGAAAAGAUGGAGAAAAUGUUGGAGAACCAGAACUCUCUGCUGUCAAGCUCACCUGGAAUCUUUAAGAAAGAAUCUGACUCUGUUAUUUAAUGUCUUAUAUACCUCCACCAGACUGGACUUGCUUUCGGAAGUUUAAGCAAGUUUCCCUUUUAUAUGAAUUGCAAAUUUCCUAUUUUUUUAAUUACAUCUUAAGAAUAGCACAAUAAUUGGGAAAUAGAACCCUUAUUACUACAAGAACCAUUUCUGCCACAGAAUAGCUAGCUGUUUGAUAUUUCCAUGAGUUUGGGGGCAGAGACUAUGGUAUAUGAAAACAUGUCUGGAAGUCAAAUAUUAAGAGAAUUGAAGCUAUUCCAAAGCAACUUUGGAAACUGUGAAUGCUAAUAAGCUUACACAAAUAUUUAAAAAUACCUCGGGGCGCCUGGGUGGCUCAGUUGUUUGAGCGUCCGACUUCGUUCGGCUCAGGUCGUGUUCUUGCUGUUCGUGGGUUCAAGCCCCGCAUCACGCUCUGUGCUG